AUGGAGGAUAAAUUGAAGCGGGAACGUGAUGGGAGGGAUCGGGAGAAAUUUGAACGUGAAUUCUAUGGUAUAUAUCUAAAAUCACUAGCUGAACCUCAGGGUUUAGAUCAUUAUCGAUUAUGGGAUUUUAUUCGUGGGUAUAUGAAAUGUGGAUGGAGUGACGAUGAUAUUGGUAAACGUUUGGAUGAAUUUAAACGUGAUCUCAAAUGGGAUCGUCAGAUCUAUGGAGACCGGGAUCGGGCGAUUGGACGAAUAUGCAUAUCCACCUCCGAAUCCAGUAGACCGGAAACUCGUGUAUCGUAUGAUGCCUUGAUUGAUAACUUUUAUUCCAAAAGUUAUAAUGACGCAAAGGUUAAUGCAAAAUUAUGGGAAAUGGUUCAUGAAAAUGAGAAGAAUUUUUAUAGGCGAUAUCGAUUAUCCAAAUCCGAUAUUGCCGAACGCAAUCGUUUGUAUGAUGAGGAGGGGACACGUCAUGCUCAAUAUAUAAUGAAUAUCGAAAAUAGAGAACGUCAAGAACGUGAGGAAAAGGAAGAAAGAGAACGUAUUAGACGUGAGAGGGAAAGGAAAUGGGAUUUUUUAAUAAGUAAUUCUAGUCAUCCUAGGGAUUACUUGUAA